UUGAGAGAGGGAGAGAAGGGAGGUAGAGAGAAAAAGCAGACGGGCUGCUGAAAAUGGAGAGCACACGGAGAAAGGUGAUCGGAGAUUAUUCAAGAGCAUGUCAAAAUAGGAAGACCACAACAGUUACACUAAACUCAAAAUAGGGAAGAACUCCACCGCAUAGACCCUUUUAGAAGAAGGAUCCAGCCUGCGAAAACAACAUUUAGCUGUUUGAUUUCAGCGCAAGAUCAAGUCAGUAAAAGAGAGAAGGUGUUUCUCAGUAUGAGUCGAGAUGGGCGGAGGAAGAGGGACAGGGAUGACAACGGUUGGGCUUCCAGGGGUGGCUACAUGGCUGCUAAGGUGUCCAAGCUGGAUGAGCAGUUUAAGAUGGACGCCCCCAGAGAGAAACAGAAAGAUGGAGCCUGCUCUAGCAUCUUCACUGGGGUGGCCAUCUAUGUCAACGGAUACACAGACCCCAGUGCAGACGAGCUGCGCAGGCUGAUGAUGCUGCAUGGGGUCAGUUUCACAUGUACUAUUCCCGCUCCAAGACAACCCACAUAAUCGCCACCAACCUGCCCAACAGCAAAUACAGGAGCUGAGGGACCAGAAGGUGGUCCGGCCGGAGGUGAUCAC